UUGAAUUUAUAGGCAAUUGUUAGAAAUAAGGGCAACUUCACCAAUUGAUUAUAGUAUUGUUUCUGAAUUCUAAUAAUAUUGUCAAUCGAUUGAUAUUCUCCAAUUUAUCCAGAAAAGAAUUUUGUAAGGACCGGAUCAAAGUUUUGUUUGGACUUCAGUAAUAUGAAUUUUCCUUGUUUUAGUUUUGGAAUCAUAAUAGUAUAUGACCUGUGAAAAUGUUCCAAGUUUGCUUCUUAACUUCAAAAAAAAAAAAAAAAAAAAGUGAGAGAGGAAGAGAGAACGAAAAAAAAAAGGAAAUUGGUAUGAAGAAAUAUUGGUUAUUCAAACGAGUUUUCUUUUGAGCAACAAUUUUCGGUUAAUACGGUAAUAAUUCACUCAGGGUGCCCUGAACUUGGGGAUGGUGGAAAGUCUUAAUUUAAUUUGCCGAAUGGAACUCCAAAUUUUGCCGAAUAAUGAUAAAUUUGCCGAAUAGAACACAUAAUUUUGUGGAAUGAUGGUAAUUUUAUCCAACAGAACUCCAAAUUAUGCCGAACUAGUUAAUUUCGCCGAAUCUUCAGAUAAAAUUUGCCGAAUUAGGACAUUUUGGGGGAGGUCACUGUGACCUCCCGUGACCCCCGAUCGAGACGCCCCUGGCUUCUCUCCAGAAUUAAGAAAUAAUUUGGCACACACAAAAAAAUGAAAUUAUUUUGCUGAGAAGUAACCUUCAAAUCAGUAUAUUAAAAGCUUUAUAUUGCCAAAUUCAGACUAAGAAACAAAGCAAAAAGAUAGAUGCUCGAUAAAUAGGUCAGUGAUACUCAAAACGGAAUUAAAGUACCUCGCACUGCUCCAAGAGGUCGCUUCAGUAGUGAAAGUGCAACAACCGCUUCUCCUCUCCAACUAAAUAACAAAAAAAAAAAAAAAAAGAUUCGAAUGAAAUAAAAGAAAGAAGAGAAAAAAAGACCUCGUAAUAAUUUCCGUGCAUAAGGGAGGCGGAGCAUUGGACUUGGCGAUGGGAUUUGGCGAGCUAUUAAUACAGUUGAGGUCACGUGACGAAAUGAAAACGUAAAGCGUGGUUUUAUCCUACCUCAGAUCUUAGCAUGAGGCUCGUUUUCGUGUUAGUGUAUUAGCAUUACUCCUUUCGCGCGCCAGCGCUGUGUGCAAUUAUUAUGAGUUUCGGUACCAGAGGAAGAGUUAGUGAAGUGUUAGCGCUCAUGUUGUGUUGGUCAAAUAUAUUCUGCGUUUGAAAAAUUUUCUUCAGUCAUCAUUAUUCACAUACAUUUCUUGGAUUUACACUGUGCACCAUAUUUUUACCUGGGAAUUUUUUAAAAAGUCACUCAGAAGAUGUAUUUUGCCAACUUUAUAGAAUAACUUGAUUCUUAACUCUCUGCUCAAGAUGAUGAUUACUGCUACUGAACCUCCCCCGCUGACCAAAUCUCGACUAACUGAGUUAAAGCCCUCAUCCCCACCAUACAGCUCGGCAAGCAUUUCAAUUUCGACUGCGAACUCGGUGCAGACUCUUUUCGCACCCAUCAGCCCGAGCAGUAGUACCAGUAGUAUGUCUCCUAAUCCUUAUCCGACGUCCGGCGCUCCGACUUCAGUUGCGUGGAGCAGUCCCGGUGAAGUUCCAGUUGACCUGACAGCUGCCCUGAAGGGGAAGGAGUUCUUCCCAGCCAGGAAGCAGCGCGAAUUCAUACCUGACGCAAAGAAAGACGACAGUUAUUGGGACCGCAGGAGACGCAACAAUGAAGCAGCUAAGCGAUCCAGGGAAAAAAGAAGACUGAACGACAUGGUCUUGGAAACGAGAAUGAUUGAGCUUACAAAGGAAAAUGCACUUCUCAGGGCAGAGCUGGUAGCUCUGAGAGAUAAGUUCUCCUUACCUCCUCAAUCACUGGUCACUUCCGAGCAGAUGCAGCUUCAUCUCCCUUGCCCUCCUGUAGAAGUGAGAAAUCGCAGAAGCAAGUUACUAAGCUCACUCAUGCCAAAUGGAAGCAUGGCUGCAGAAACUGGAAUGAUGAACAACUCAUCGGGGCUCUUGAGUCAUUCCCACGUCACCAAUGGUGGUAGUCCGGAGCAUCAAGUCCAUCCCAUGAUGCCUCAUUUACACAUGAUGGAUCCUGUUCAGUGGCAGGAAUGUCACGAAAAUGCUCUUAAGGAGUCGCAACAUCAUCAGGCAUUGUUGAUGAAUCAUCAACAGCAUCAACAUCAUUUACACCAACAGGUCAUACAGCGUCUUGCAGCAAACGGUAAUAUCAAUCAAAGCGAGUUUGAUCAUAAUCACAAUCAUCGCAACCAUCAAGAAAUCCCUUCUCCAAGAGCUUCACCACGAGCGUCGCCCAAUGCCGAGGAAUCUUGGUCAUCAGCUGACGAACCUCUCCAAGUUCAGGUGCACCAGCAUCACUGCCUGCCUCUCAAGCUACGUCAUAAGACAUUGAUUUCAGACAAAGAUGCUUAUGUUCCUGUCCCGUCUUAUCCAGACAGUGGUCGAAGCAGUGCUAGAGAAGAUACAUCGUCUGAUGGAGAUAGUAGUACCGGUCAUGGUAAAGAGAGUCCUGUUCCCAAGCUAAAUGGUGGUGACUUGUCUCCCGAUUCGGCACCCCCUCGUAAAAUGCCGAGAUUGUCCAGAAGAAGCAAAGGCAUCAGUAGUGAACUUCAAACGGAAAACUUGCAUUUGAGGUUUGAACUUAAAAAGCUGGCUUCUGAAGUGGCAGGACUCAAAGACAUGUUGCUGUGCAACAGACCAUCUCCCAUUGACAUUCAAAAUACUGUUGAUCCUUCUAAAACUCCACCACAUAGCAACAGAACAUCACCAAACCUCGUUGAAAUUCAAGAACCUCAAACUGUUGAUUAAAACCUUCAACAAAAUUGCAUCUUUUGGGAGGCACUUUCUUUGCGAGAAAUAUCCACCGAAAUUGUAGUCCAAAAUCAUUUGUAAACUUAUUGAUGAUGUUCUUUAUCCAAAUUUCAAAAUUUCAUUUCAUUUAUUUAAAUAGUUUUCACCUUGGACAAAAAAUGAAAUUUUCAAACUUCUGCAUUUCAAAACUUGGUAGACUUUGCUUCUUAUGUUUUCGUUUAGCUUUCACUGAACAAUUGUGAAGAAAAUGAAGAAAAGUUUUAAAACUUUAUACGUACAUGAACCUUUAGCAAAAAAACUUUUUUGUGAAAUACGUAUCAUUUUCUCUUUCAUGUGAACCUAAUAUUCGUGCCAAACUAAACUCAAGAGUAACAAUCAUGAUAAAGGCAACAAAAUUUGAAAAAUGUUUUAUAUUCUCAUUUUCUAAGUCAUGUAUGUUUUUGUACGCAAAAAAUGUACUUGUUAUUCUAUAAAUGUCAUCUUCUAUUUAAAAAUUAAAAAAAAAAUUCUUAAAUAUUUGAAAAAAGAAUGAAAUUGAUAUGUUUAAAAAAUAAAAGUGUUUUGAAUGUAACUCUCAAAUCAGCACAUUUUUACCUUGGCACUAAGCCAACAUGUGCUCUUAAUAUAAUCUAAAUCUUUAAAGCACUUCAAAAUUUGAUUUGAUUUUUAAUUAAAAUUUUAAAAAGAAUGGAAAUUUAUUUACUAAAAGUGAACGAAUUUGCAUUAUUUAUAUAAGAGGUAGUGAGAAGCAAAGGAAUGCAAGUGGCAAAAUUAAAAAUUUGGAGAUAACCAGUUAAAAUGGUAGGUGAACAACCCCUCCUCUGUCUUGGGGCAAGAGAUAGUACUGGUAUCCCUGGUAGAUGAUGCUGUAUAACAUAAUUUAGAAAAAAAAAAUCAAUGAAAGCGUACCUAAGUCGUAAUCUUUUUACGCAUUUUACUCAAAACUUGAAAAUGUCCACUUACAUCCCUUUGCUUCUCACUGCCUCAUAUAUAGAUAUUAUAUUUGCAUCUUAAAAAUAAUUCUUUCAAACGUUAGUGUAACACAACGAUACUGGUUACAAAAUAUUAGCGGAACUAAGAAAAAAAAAUUAAACUAAAUCCUAAGAACAACAAUAUUUUAUGAAUUCCAGAAUUUAUUUCCUUGGCUUCAACUUAAUAUCUUUCUUGCUUCCUCACUUAAAAAUACGUUUGUAUUGAAAACUAUUUUAUAAAAUAUUAUUGGUGCUUUGACAUGAUAUAUUAGUUUAUAUAAGAAAAGUGAGUUUUAGCUUUUUUAGGUAGUCCUUCGUAAAGUGAGGAAUAUGAAAGAAAACACUUAAAUGGCCGUUUCAGGUCAUACUUUUCUUUGUACAUAUCUGCUAGCUUGUAGUUCAAAUCCCAACUCAUUUAGAAAAGGUUUUUGAAAUAAUGUGUAAAACUGUAUUGAGAAUAAAAUAUUCAUGGCUCAAGAGUAAGGUGACCAGAUGUCGAAGUUCGAUUUGAAACAAAAAAAAUAUUUUACAAAUCAAAAUAAUUAAUUUAAGUCUUAUUAAGAACAAGAUAAAGUUUUUAAUAAAUCAAAAAUAAACCAAGACGAAAUGAAUUCAUUUUUAAACUAAGCAAAUUUGUAACCUUUCUAAAUUAUUUCGAUGAAAUAGCCUUAUGUUUCCUUGAGGCAUAAGAGUUUUUUAGAUUUUUUUUUUUUUUUUUCAUUUUACAAUAAAAGUUCGCACAAAUUUUUUAUUAGGUGUUAAUGUGGUUUUUAAUUCAUCCCAAAUUUAAUGAAAUUCAUAAUUUAAAUAAAGAAUAAACCAAGAUGAAAUGAAUUCAUUUUUAAAUUAAUCACAAAUUUGUUUCCUUUCUAAAUUAUUUCGAAGAAGUAGCCUCGUGUUUCUUUGAGGCAUGUGAAUUUCUUAGAACUUUUUUUUUUACAUCUUACCAUAAAAAUUCGCGCAAUUUUUGUCAGACUUUGAUUUGGAGAAUGAUAAUUUCCUUUUCAGGGUAAAUUGGGUUACAUGCUAUCAAUUGGAGCCACAAAAAAAAAAGUAAAAAAUCGCCACGAAUACUAAAACUUCGGGACGUAUUGUCACUUUAUUCAACAGCGAUAUUAUUCUAACUUUUUGUGAAGCAUUAAUUUACUAUCACAAUGACAUAUAUGAUGAUUUUUUUCAUUUCAAAUUCUACCUAUAACGUCAUGCUUAUUUUCAAUCAUGUUUUCCACAUCAAAAAUCCUUUCUAGAUGUGUUCGGUUGAAGUGGAUGUAGUUAGACUGUGUAAGUACACUAUUAGUGAAAACAAAUUAUUUGAUCAACUGUAAAUCGUCGAGUGAUUGUCAUGAAGUAAUAUUUUAUUAAUUCUUAAUGUCUGUAGAAAAGUAACAGUUCACUUUGCUCAAACAGGUCUAGUUUCAUCAAAGAUUUAAAACCGUAUUUUGACAUAAAGAUUCCAAGUUACAUUUGUAAUAAAUAUACUCAUGAGCUAAGUCCAAUAAGGGAUCAAUUAUUUGUUAUUGAAGUUCGUGUUUUUGAAACGUAUUUAAUAAUGUUUACAGAUCAUUCACGAAAAAUUUAUGGUGUAAACCUCACAUGAGCUUUUAUUCGUCUAAUAUCGCUUGCAUUUUUUAUUUAUUUAUUUUUUUUUGUAAAAUUAGUACUCUUUAAGGCAGUAGUUUUCAAACUGAUAGUUGAGUAGCCUAAAGGAAAUAUGCGCAAAUAUAAAGAGAGGCUUAAAGUUUUAAAUUUUUGGUUAAAAAAAGUAUUAAUGUUAAAUUUGAGGCAGUUUCAAGGUUAUAUUUUUAUUUGAUAGACAUUAAAUCAAAGAUAGUUUAAAAAUUAUACCUUUUUUAACGGGUAAAAAAUAACUUAUUUGCUACAGGAAACCACAGUAUUAAUAAUUUAAAUAUUCAUUUUAAUGCGUAUGUCUCAAAGUUUUUUGAAUGAAAUUUCAAUGUUUACUGACUACUUUAAACGUGAAUCCACGUCUUUUUAUUUUACUGUUAAUGUUUUGAGCUUUGCAUUUGAAAAUCUAUAUUAUAUAUCGAACUACUUGAACGAACUGAAGAAGAAUUUAUUAUAUUUUUGUAAUAUCUUUGUGCACUUACUUAAAAUUCUUUUAAAUAUAACUCUACCUCAUACGAAAAUAUGUUUCAAAUUUUCGUUUGUAAAUUCAUGUUUGAAAGAUUAAUUUAUUUAGGAAGAAGAAAAAUUAAAAAAAAUUUAAAAAAGAAGAAAACAACGCAUUCUGUAGAAAAAAUUGUAAUCGUUUCGUGUAGGAUUCUGUUAGUUAAUUUGCACAUUUGUUCCUUAAUUUUGUAAGUCACGCGAAAGAAGUCUUAUCUGCAACCGAUUUUAUCAUUAAAUUCGUUUAAUUACGUUAAAAUUCAUAUAUAACAUAGAAAAUAAUAAAUUUAUCUCCUUUAAGUGAAUGCUUUCUAUCAAGAUGUCUGUGAGAGCUUAUCUAUUUAAUUUUUAAAAUAUUUAUUUAAUACUAUGUACUAACACGUUGAGAAGCUCUGUUUCGCAAAUGUAUUAUAAUCUGCAAAUUCAUCAUACCAUUGGCUUUUAAACGAAAAUUCUGAUGUAUGUCAAAUGCUGAUUUUCAUUCCGUCGUGUUUAAACUCAAAAUAUCUGUCCUAUUUCCUGAAGCUCUAACGGAGAACGUGGAAUUAUCCACGUUCUCCGUCUUAUGUAUUUCCGACAACACUAGCAAGAUGUAGGGGGGAAAUAUUUAAUUUCUGAAAUACACAAUGUUAAAGUACAUUCGAUCAUUGCGUCUUUUUUAUGUAGGAAUUUGAAAACAAACCAGAAAGCUAGCCAACGAAUGUAAAUAAUCAUAAUAGUGAUCAAUUCUGUAAAAAGACCUUUCAAAAGACGAAUGACUAUGGGAAAGAAGAGAUGUGUACUAUUUUGAUUUUUAACAUUUAGAAUGUUUGACCUUAUAUAUUUUUCAAAAAUAGCUAAAAUACUUAAACUAAAAUAAUAACUAAAAAUAAUUAAACUAAAAUAAUAAUGUAUAUAUAUAUAUAAUACAUAUGUAUUAUAUUUUUAAAAAAAAUCCUAUCUGCCAAGAUGCGAAAUUGUUAUUAAAAUGCAAAGCGGGAAAAGAUGCUUGCCUUAAUUUUUGAUUUUGAAUGCCCGAAAUGCAGUUGUAGUGGCGCUAAAAAUAUCUCUGAUUGUAAAAGGUAAAAACAGAUAUUUAAAGAAUCAAAAUUAAUCUUUAAGUAUGGUGCAGUAUUGUUCGACAGGAAAAAUUAAUUAAACUUCAGGUUACAUUUUUUUUCGUGUGUUCGCUAAAAGAAUAAAAAUACAAAGCAGAAAAAAAUGCUUGCCUUAUUUUUUUUUUAUUUUUAAUGCGCGAAAUACAGUUUUAGUGGCGUUAAAAAUAUUUCUGACAAUAUUGUGUAGUAUUGUUCAAUAGGAAAAGAAUAAUCAUUAGGGUUUUUUUUUCAUGUGUUCAUUACACCUGACAGCUUAACUUUUAAGAUUAACCCCUACCCUUACAUUCUGGCUAUAAAGUCACCAUUGCAUACAUCAGAAUUCUACUAUCGAAAAAAAUGGAACGUCAAUGAUCUUUGUAAUGAUUCAUUAAAUUUCUUCAUGUCUAGUUUUACUGUGGUGGUUCGACGUUGCAUGCUGUUCUGUAUAUUAUUCGUAUGAAGAAGAUUCCUGUGGUUGUGUACAGUUAUAAUUGUUCACCAGAACAAAUUGUGAAACUCGUCUCUCUGAUGUUGUGAAUGGUAUGCGUGACCAAAUCAUCGUGACAAUGAAUUCUCGUCUUGGAACUGUUAUUGUUUUUUAUAUUCACUUUUCGUUUAUGAUUUUUCAGUAAGCAUUUUGCGAUAGUAAUAUUUAUUACAUUUUCUUUUUCGUAACUAGUCUAGAAUGCGUAAAUGGUUUGUUUUGUCUUAUUGUAGUGACUUUCGAAACGCAGUAUUGUAAUACGUUCUAAUUAAUGUUCUCCGUGAAUGUGUUUUCUUAUACAAAUGGAAUGUUCAAUGAAGACCCUUCGUCCUCUCCUCCCAAAUCGUUAUGUUAUUGCUAAGUUUACAUUCAUUUGCAUUGAUGUCAUUGAUGUUGAAAGUGAUGUUGAGUAAAUAAAAUAUUUUAUUAAUGUUA